CUGUGUCUGUAGGACCCAAUGUUCUUUCCUCUUCACAUUGCUCUCCCCUAGCAUACCCAAGUGCUCAGCUGAACUCUGUAGGCCUGCUUUCCACCAUCCAGAUCUACUGACCAAGGGAAGGGGAGGCAGUGCCCACUGGGCAGGAAAAGGCCUCAUGCAGCUGGAAGAAAGCUAGGAGACUGAACUUUAAAACCUAUCAUACCAGCAACUUCAGACUUUCUGGUAGUUAACCAUGGAACAACACAUUUGCAACCUUGCAGCAAGAUCUCAAGUAUGUGGAUGUGAAAACUGAGUCAGGGAGGCAAAUGGCAACGAGAAACACCCCUAGCCCAAGGCCCAUGCCUGUAGGAACUGCCCAAGGUGAUCCUGGGGAAGCCAGUGUAUUAAUGAAUCUAGAUGGGAAAUCCAUAGAUAAUGGGACACCAACACAGAUGAAGUUGAAACCCAAGAAAACAAGAAAAGUCAAAGCACUAAUCAUCGACCUUGGCUCCCAGUAUUGUAAGUGUGGCUAUGCAGGAGAGCCAAGGCCCACCUAUUUCAUUUCAUCGACAGUCGGUAAGCACUUCCCAGAGACUGCCAACUCAGGAGACAAUCGGAAAGAAACCUAUGUCGGACAUGAACUUUUGAACACAGAAGUAUCCCUCAAGUUGGUCAACCCUCUCAAACACGGAAUAGUGGUGGACUGGGACUGUGUGCAGGAUAUCUGGGAGUACAUCUUUCAUUCAGCCAUGAAGAUUCUCCCCGAGGAGCAUGCUGUUCUCGUUUCUGACCCCCCGCUGAGUCCCAGCAGUAACCGGGAGAAGUACGCAGAACUCAUGUUUGAGACUUUUAGCAUCCCAGCCAUGCACAUCGCUUCCCAGUCCCUGCUGUCCAUCUACUCCUAUGGCAAGACCUCGGGACUGGUGGUGGAGAGUGGCCACGGCGUCUCCCAUGUGGUGCCCAUUUCAGAGGGGGACAUCAUGCCGGGUUUGAUAGGCCAUGUGGACUACGCUGGGUGCGACCUUACGAAUUACCUAAUGAAGCUACUGAAUGAAACCGGGCACAAAUUCAAUGACGAACACCUACACAUCAUGGAACACAUCAAGAAGAAGUGUUGUUAUGCGGCGUCUGAUCCGGAUGAAGAGUUCAGCUUGCCCCUGGAAGACUUACGGGUAGACUACGAGCUCCCGGACGGAAAACUGAUCACCAUUGGCAAGGAAAGGUUCUUGUGCUCUGAGAUGCUCUUCAAGCCUUCCCUAGUGGGCUCUGGCCAGCAGGGCCUGCCCUCCGCCACCGCCGCCUGUCUCAACAAAUGCGAAGCCUCCUUUAAGGAGGAGAUGAUGGCCAACAUACUCUUAUGUGGGGGCUGCACUAUGCUGGAUGGCUUCCCAGACCGCUUCCAGAGGGAGCUGAGCCAGCUCUUUCCCAAUGACAGUCCCCUCGUGGCGGCGGCCCCGGAGAGGAAGACUUCUGUAUGGACCGGAGGCUCCAUCCUGGCCUCCCUCCAAGCCUUCCAGCAGUUAUGGGUCAGCAAAGAGGAAUAUGAAGAACGAGGGAAUGCUGCUAUCUACAGCAAAUGCUAAGCUCCAAUGAGGCCCAGAUGCCCCAAGCAACAAUACCAUGACAAUGUUAACACAUUACACAUUUACCGACUUUCACAUAAAGCUUUACCCUGAA